GAAAAUAAAUUAUAAAUAUCCCCAGUGUUUCAGAAACGUAUUAGGACGCUUUACCUCAUCAAAAUGUGAAAAAAUCGGAUGUUGCUUUCCUUGUUUAUAAUCUAACCUAACCACCGGUUUUACGUUUCUUGUUCAUCGUGAGAUCGUGAAUUAGAUAUGAUUUAAUUGUUUUCUCCCUCAACAGCGUAAAAUUCGUUCAUUUUUCAGUUAAACUCAGCAUCCAGUUACUAUAACCAAAGUUUUCAUUUGUUUCAUUGUUAUUUUUAUGUGCUUCCAAUGAACCUACCGCUCACUCUGAGUCUCGGAGAGUGAUAAUCUUCGUCUUCGUCUUGUCAAGGCGAAUAAUUUCUAGCAAUAAUUCAUGUCAAACUCAAUGGAAGCAUUUAACAGGCUCAAAUUGGCUGCUACUGCACUCUCCUACUUUAGAGCUACUUCUUAGGAAACUAUUAGUCUGGUGAUUAGUUUGCACCUAGCCGUAGUAUGAAUUGUACAGUUUUCGAUCAUGAAAGCGGUUAAGAAACACAUUCCCAAAAUCAUGGCGCCGCCUCCCCUUGGGAUGGUGGAGCCAAUCAUGCAGAUGAAUAAAUAUUGCUCCUACGUGACGAUGCUGGCUGAUCCGAAUGUCAAAGAUGAAAACAAGCUGAAAGCUGCCCAAGAAUUAAGUGAGAACUAUGAGAUAAUUUUGGCAUCACAGCAGUACCCGCAGUUCCUAGAACAUUCCAUGAAGAUAUUUGUCAAAAUUCUUAACGAGGGACAACCUCACUUUAUCUCAGAAUACACUGUUCAUCAAGUACGGAAGUUAUUGUUGGAGCUCAUUUACAGAAUGCCUGUAAAUGAUAUUUUAAGACCUUACACAGAAACAGUCCUAAUGUUAUGUAUGCAUUUGAUCGAAUCAGAUAAUGAAGAAAAUGUUCUCAUUUGUCUAAGGAUAAUAAUUGAACUAAACAAACACUAUCGGCCUGCUUUUACGGAUGUCAAACCAUUUAUAACACACUUUUUAAAUCUUGUGAGAAGUAUCUAUCGAGAGUUACCAAAUCACAUGGAUAAUAUGUUCAAACCAAGACCUCCUCCUCAAGUCAAUGAUCUAUCAGAAUUAGACGUUGAAUCUCUGUUACAAAUGACGUAUAUAAGCACAGAAAUUUUAUGUAAGAAAGGAGAACUAGCAGAGGGCAGUGGUGUUAACGAAUCCUAUACACUUAUACCCAAAGGAGUGGUUUCUUUGAAAGUCCUCCAAGAGCUGCCAAUAUUAAUUGUGCUGUUAUACCAACUGUACAAAGAACAUAUGGAGCCAGAAUUAACUAGUUACAUUCCUGUUAUACUGCACACGAUUACCCUACAGCCAGCCCUUGAGUAUCGGUUACAUCCAAAUUUCAACAAAAAAGUGUUUGCAGAUUUCAUGGGGGCCCAAAUCAAAUCUCUGUCUUUCUUAGCGUAUGUUUUGCGUCUUUUCCAAGAAGCAGUUUCCAAGCAAACUGAUGUGAUGGUAGAGGGCAUGAUAAACAUGCUCACACUCUGCCCGAUGGAAGUGACGAACCUUCGAAAAGAGUUGCUCAUUGCAGCAAGGCAUAUUCUAUCCACCGACCUGAAAAUUAAAUUUGUUCCCUAUAUGAGCAGGCUCUGUGACGAAAAAGUUCUGCUUGGUAAUGGAUGGACCACUCAUGAAUCCUUGAGGCCCCCAGCGUUUAGUAUGCUUGCAGAUCUAGUCCUUAAUGUUCGCCAGCAUCUUCCCAUGGCUGACCUAGAAAGGGCUGUUCACUUAUUUUCAGUGAAUAUUCAUGAUGAAACGUUACCGACAAGCAUUCAAACAAUAUCUUGUAAAUUACUGUUAAACUUAGUUGAAUGUGUACGUCAGAAAGGUGAUGAUGACAAAGGAUCUGGCCACGAACUAUUGUUGCAAAUGUUGCGAGUAUUUGUUCUGAAAUUCAAAACUGUAGCACGACUGCAUUUACCAGCACUUAUCAACAAAAGCAAAGCUCAAACAGCGCAACAAAAUCCAGUUGCAGCUGUGCCGCAAGCCUCUGCAGAGACCAAAAAUGAAGAUGUCAAAGUACCUAUUGUAGGUCAGCAAAAUCCUAUGGAUAACCAAGCAAAGCGAGAAAAACCAGAUGUGAAUAAACCAAGGUUCGGAUUUCCUGCCACUCAAACAGCAAAUUACAACAUUGUGGAAUGCAGAGCUUUGGUGAAAGCCCUUGUGUAUGGCGUGAAAACUAUCAUGAUGAGCUGCUCCAAUAACAAGUCGGGUGAUGCUGGCGGAACAAAAACUCUACAAGCAUGUGAUCCUGAAGUUUUAAUAAAGUUAGUCAAAUGGGCAUUGCAAGCACUAGAUAUCUAUACAUUGACGUUCACUCCAACGUUGCCAGCAAUGCAGAGGAUGAUCCCUCCAAAGCAAUUUGUACGUUCCAAAGAAGAAAAAGAAGUUCUGGAACAUUUUUCAAGUAUCUUUGCCCUAUUGAAUCCACAAGUUUUCCGUGAGAUAUUCCUGACAACAAUUGAGUACAUGGUGGAGCGAAUAGCUGGCAACUAUGCAUUGCAAGUGAUUGGAAAUUGGUUCCUGACCAACUUAGAUACUUCACCGAUUUUCGCUCCUGUUCUGGUGGAGUACCUCCUCGGUCGAAUGGUGGAAAUGGGGAAUGGUAAUGCAGAAAGGAGUAAUUUGUACCUGAAACUAUUCAAAUCAGUAUUUGAAAGUGUGCAGUGCUUUCCCACUCAAAACGAGCAUAUGCUACGGCCUCAUCUUCAUAAAAUUGUAAAUAGAUCAAUGGAGCUCGCAAUGACGGCCAAAGAACCUUAUAACUACUUUCUUCUUUUAAGAGCGUUAUUCAGAUCCAUCGGUGAAGGACGCCAUGAUCUCUUAUAUCAGGAAUUUCUACCUCUCUUACCCAGUUUAUUACAAGGUUUGAAUAGUCUUCAAUCAGGUCUCCACAAACAGCAUAUGAAGGAUUUGUUCGUAGAAUUGUGCCUGACAGUUCCUGUAAGGUUGAGUUCACUCUUACCAUACUUACCAAUGCUGAUGGAUCCAUUGGUGUCUGCGUUGAAUGGAUCGCAUACUCUUAUCAGUCAGGGCCUGCGCACUCUUGAGCUGUGUGUCGAUAACUUGCAGCCAGACUUCUUGUACGAGCACAUUCAGCCAGUCAGAGCGGAUUUAAUGCAAGCUCUAUGGCGUUCCCUCCGUUAUCCAACCGAUCAAAAUGCCCAUGUCGCUUUUAGGGUUCUUGGUAAGUUCGGUGGAGGUAAUCGCAAAAUGAUGACAGAACCUCAACGUCUGGAAUACAAUAACAGAGGCGGUCUCCCACCCGCAAUAGUAGUCCAGUUUCCUGAACAUAGUAAACCCAUUCAACUCCCUAUUGAUAAGAUUUUAGAAACAGCCGUGAAUUUCCUUAAGUCUCCUACUACUGAAUUGUUCUAUCGACGCCAGUGCUGGGAAAUUGUCAAAAGUUACACUGUAGCAUCAAUUAGGUUGGACGAUGACAGACUAUCAAUGUUGAAACUCUUCUCUCAUCCCAGCUUUACGGAAGGAGAUAUUCCACAUAUUCAAGGAUCUCCGUACAAGUGUGCUGAUAAACCUUGUCGCGACACCCAUCUAACAGCUUUAACAGGAUUAUUCAUCGGGGCUUCCAUUAAAGAUUUGAAGAAAAUUGCAAGUCCAUUUUUGAUCGCUGUGGUGAGGCAUUACACAAUGGUUGCAGUCGCACAACAAGCAGGUUUAUUUGCCAUUGGUGGUAAGCAAAGCAGGCUUGAAGGAGGAAUGGAUGUAAUCGUCUUAAUUGAUGCGUUAGCAGCCGUUAUGGGUCAUGAGAAGAAAGAUGUUUCUCGUGUAAUCGUUCCUUCAUUAAUACUCAUUAUCGACACCGCUACAACGCUCUUAGGAUCCAAGGAAAGGGCAUUCCGUCUACCCCUGAUGGAGUAUUUAGCAGAACGAAUGUGUGCCCUAUGUUACGACCGUGCAUGGUAUGCCAAACUUAGCGGUUGUCAAGCUAUUAAAUUCUUCUAUGAAGAUGGGUGGCAUCGCAUAUCAGCAAGGUGGAUCUAUCAGCAUUUGUUUGUUUUUAUGAAAGCGCAGUUAUUUGUAAUGAUGGAUUUGAACGGUGAGGUUUCAAGUGGAGCAAUUGAUGAGGCUAAACAAAAUCUGGAGAAAAUGAUUCGUCGUUGCGGGGCCCCCAUAGAACCAGGCACAGAUCCAGAAUUAGAAGCGAUUCAGAAGAAAGCUCUCGGAGAAGUUACAUAUGAACUCAUCCGACAAAUUACAAGUCCAACAGAUUUAUUGAGAGAACAGUCAAUACACUUAUUGAAAGUGUUUGCGGAAAUGCAAGGGAAAACUGUUCCAGAAGUAAUGGAACCCCACAGAGACGUUUUGACUGUUAUAAUAUCACCAAAAAAGAACUUGCUCAGACAUCAAGCCGCAAAUGCUCAAAUUGGACUGAUGGAAGGCAACACUUUCUGCUCUUCUUUAGUGCCCCGACUUUUUACCCUGGAUCUGGAAGUCGAAUUGAACAAAACAUUCUUUAAUGAAUUGAGAAAUCUAUGCUCAACUCAGGACCAGAUGCUGUUGAAACUGCCUUGUUACAAGUCAGUCUCAAAUCUAGUCCCUUUGAGGAAAGCAGCCAUGAGAGUCUUAGCAGCUUGCCACUAUAUACCUGCAGUCACCGAUAAGGUAUUCCUAUCGUUGUACCAAGCCUUGGACAAACCGAACCCCGAGUUGCAAGAAGCUGCAUUCGAGUGCAUGAAGACGUUUAUUGCCGGGGCAGAAUUGGAUAGAGCUUUGAUUCGUGAUGCUUUGCGGCCACUUCUCACAACUUUGAGUGAUGUUCGAAGUUUGCAUGUCAGUGGUGCAAGGAGACUCUCUUAUCUGGUCCAACUAUUUCCACACAGUUUCAAUGAAAAAUUCUGCGAACAAUUGCUGGAACAUUUGCAUAAGUUGUUCAACAACUUAGUCCAACAACAACAACAGGGUGGCACGAAAAACGGGAAUAUGGAAGAAAUAAUAGCAAUCAUAAUCAAUAUUUUCCAUGAGGCUCCUGCUGCCAGUGUUAGGUUUAUUGAACCUCUGACACAACUCAUUCUGCAGAGUGAAAAGUCACUCAAUAUUGGUCCCAGUUCUCCUUUCAGAGAACCGCUUUUCAAAUUCCUCCUGAGGUAUCCAAAAGAAACCGUUGACUUGGUCCUACAAGAUAAGAAUGUUAAGGAAUCUUGCUGGUCCAAAUAUUUAGCUUUCAUUACAAAACACAAGUCGGGUAAACCCUUCAGGGAUGUACUGCAAAGCGAUGAAGGUGUACAAAAAUUGAUCCAGAUGGUGAAAGCUCCUGUCGAUUAUCAGUCCAAUUUAACGGAAGAAGAAAAAGAAGAGUUACGAUUCCAAGGUGUCCGCAUUGUUGCUUGGUUGAUUAAAUUUGAUGAUCAGUGGUUAUCUUCUCAAUUCACUCUAGUCGACUCAUUGACAGAAAUUUGGUGUGAUAAUCAGUACCAGGAACGGCACAGGAAAAUUGAAACUGUUUCGUGCGCUCAUUGGAAAGAACCGCAGCUCCUUGUUGAUAUUUUGCUACAUUUCUUCAGCCAUCAUCCAACAAAAAUCGACUUGUUGUUUCAACUUUUACGGGCUGUCAUCGGAAGGUUCCUACCAAGCUUUCAAAAACUACAUAAUUUCUUGGAAACAGCCGUUGCUCAGGAUUACACUGUGGAAUGGAAGCGUUCUGCUUUCUUUAAAUUCGUCGAAUUAUAUCAAACUCCCAACGUCUGUGAGGAACUAGUGGCCAAGAUUUUACAGUUCAUCAUCAUUCCUUGUUUUUCUGUUUGCUUCGAGUGUGGGAAAGGCGAUCAACUCAUCCUUGGCUCCGACGGCCAUAAUAUUGUUUCUGUUUUCAUCAAUGAUGUCAUCGACAUCAAAGAGUCAUCAAAAAGGGCAGAUUGCGUAAGGACUCUCGUGCUGCAACUUGCUUGUCUGCUAGUGGAGCAGGCUCCUCACCAUAUCCCCUGCAAUAAAAAUAACCGAGAACAGUUGCAACGCCUCAUGACUUACGCCUGGCCAUCGCUUCUCAAUCGGAAUUGUAUGGAUCCCGCAACUCGCUACCAUGGACAUCUGCUCAUUGCUUUCAUCAUCACAAAAUUCAAUGUUUUUAAGCGAAUAGUUUCACAAGUGUUCCGUAGCUUACUGAAGGCGUAUUCAAUGGAAAUUCGGGGAGUUGUUAGACAAGCUCUCGAUAUUCUGACGCCUGCCUUGCCCACAAAAAUGAAUGAUGGUUAUGCCACUCUAGCCCACUCCACUAAAAAAAUAAUCGUUGAAGAGGGUCACUCCAUGCAACAGCUCUAUCAUAUUUGCAGCAUUGUUGUCCGUCACUAUAAGGUUUACUAUCCAGUCCGCCACCAUUUGGUGCAAAGCAUGAUCACAUCAAUUCAAAGGCUUGGGUUUACGCAGUCAGCCACAAUUGAACACCGAAAAUUAGCAGUCGAACUUGCUGAAGUAAUCAUCAAGUGGGAACUUCAAAGAAUCAAGGAUGAGAAUGAACCCACCGAUGCCAAUAUCGCAGCUGGCAUCAGAAAGAGACCUUCCGUUGAUGACGCAGGACCUCCUGCCAAGAGGAUAGCAACAGGUGUGUCAACUCCAACACCAUUUGCAGCCUCUGGCUCCUCACAAGAAGAUCUGGAUGUUCUGAAACCCAUCGAGAAAACACAUGCCAAUGCUGUUUUAAAUUUCUUGGCUCGCUUAGCUUGUCAGUUAAAUGAGAAUUCUGCUGGAACAAGCGCAAUACCGUCACAAGGAGAGUUGCUCUCCCGUCGAUGUAUCGCUCUCAUCAGAAUGGCUUUGAAACCAGACGUGUGGCCCCAACAGAAUCUUGAUUUACGUCUAGCUUGGUUGGAUAAGGUUUUUGCAACAGUAGAGUCUCAGAAUGCCAAUUUGGCCAAUGUCUGCACCGCGUUGGAAUUGUUCACAUUCCUGAUAACCGUCAUGAGGAAAGAACAAAUUUUAGCAACUUGCAAAUCGUUGCCCAACAUUUCCUCUUGCAUUGCUUGCUCAAAUACCAAGGUCGUAAGGCUUGUGCAUGGAUUGCUAAGUCGGCUAAUGGCACUAUUCCCCACUGAACCUGCCACAUCACAGGUUGCCUCAAAACAUGAAGAGUUGGAGUGUCUCUACUCUUGUGUCAGCAAAGUUAUAUACGAAGGGUUAGCGAAUUAUGAAAAAAGUGGAAACACAAACACUCUAUUCAGGACUGUAAUGGCUUUGAAAGCAGCAUGCAGCAGUAACCCAAGCUAUGUUGAUAGGCUGGUUGGUCAGUUUGUGCGCGUGCUUCAGCGUUUAGCUCGUGAACAUCUGGCUUCGCUCAUUUCACACACCAGUGCGGAAACUCCUAAUGAAAACCCUCAACUCAUCAGAAUUGGAACUAAUGAGUUGCUGAUAUUAUGUCUGGACCUCGUGAAGAAUCGUGUCGGUGGAAUGAGUGGUGAAACGCGGAAGACUUUUCUUUUUACCAUAAUCAUAGGGCUGAUUGAAAAAACUAGUGAUAUUAAAAUCAUGAGAACCAUUCUGAAGAUUAUUGAAGAUUGGAUGAACGGCCCUAAUGUCCAAGGUUCACCAACAUUGAGGGAAAAAUCAAUGCUACUCAUAAAACUAAUGCAAUUUGUUGAGAAGAAAUUCCCUGACCUCAAUACACAAUUUUUAGAGCUAGUCAAUAAUAUUUACAGAGAUGAAGUUUUAAAAUCUAGUGAGCUGACAAUCAAAUUAGAACCUGCAUUCCUAUCAGGGCUGCGGUGCAUGGUCCCUGCAUUACGUGCCAAAUUCUUUGAUGUCCUUGAUCGGUCAAUGCGCCGUAGAUUGUUGGAUAGACUUCUCUACAUCGUAGCCGCUCAGAACUGGGAACCAAUGGGCCACCACUACUGGUUGAAGCAAUGUAUCGAAUUGAUAAUGGUCACAGCCUCCCAAACCACACAACUACAAUUGGCAGGAGAAACCACUAGUUUAUUGCCUUGUGUCACAUCCGUCAUUAAUCUUGCAGAACCAAAUGAUAGAGAUAAUUUUGUUGUCUUCGCUUGCCCAAAAGAAGAAAUGCCAGACUCAUCUAUGUCAGAAACUUCCAUUGAGGACCUUGGAGACUUGGAGUUGAUCGGAAAUGAUGCUGAUACAGUGGUUGUGAAACAAGAGCCUGGAGUGGGAGUGGCAGGUCUCACUCGGGAGGCUAAUUUACAAAAACUCAUCGGCUUCCAAGCAAAAUUCCUUGAGACUGUCAGAGAAACAAAAACGGUGAACAUUCUCGGAGCCAUCGCCCAACUUGGACAUAUGGACACAACUUUAGCUGAAUCCAUUUGGCUUGAUAUGUUCCCUCGGCUGUGGGGCAUUCUUUCCGAGCGGCAGCAAUCAAUUCUUGGAGGAGAAAUUGUAGCUUUCAUUGGAAGCGGUAUUCAUGUCGUUCAGAGAGACUCUCACCCUAGCGCCAUCUGCACAUUUUAUGAGUCCUUAGCUCAUUGCAAUCCUCAGAUUUCUUUGAAACCGGUUAUGAUGACUUACCUUGGAAAAUCGCACAAUUUGUGGCAUCGAGUCACUCUUCAGUUAGAGCAGGCAGUUAUUGAUCAGCAGCUAGUCGAUGGAGCUAAGAAGAAAUGGGAAACAGUUGACUGCUAUGAUUUUGAGCCUGACAACUCACCUCAACAGGAUCUAAUCGAUAACCUAGCAGAAAUGUAUUCCCGCCUGCGUGAAGAAGAUAUGUGGGCUGGUUUACUUCAGAAACAUGCAAAACAUCCCGAAACAAGCAUGGCACUUGCAUAUGAACAGCAAGGUUUCUUCGAACAAGCCCUCACGAUGUAUGAGACAAUCAUAUCUAAAAGUCGUCAAGAACUAUCCAGCGAUCCAGCUCCAAUGAGUGAAAGGAGACUCUGGGAGAGACAAUGGAUCAGAUGCACGAAAGAACUCAACCAGUGGGACAAUUUAUUGGAAUUUGCUAAAACCAAAGGAAAUGUAAAUCCAUUCCUUGUUCUCGAAAGUGCAUGGCGAGUUCCCAACUGGAGUUUAAUGGAGGAGGCCUUGUCUCACGUUGAUAUGAGUUGUCCCAAAGAACUCAUGUGGAAGGUGAAUCUGUACCGAGGGUUUUUAGCCAUUUGUCACUCGGAUCAACUAGACAUGUCUGUUGUCGAACGAUACGUCAAAUUAGCCAGUGGUUUGUGCAUGCGAGAGUGGCGACAACUGCCUCACAUUGUUUCGCACAUCCAUCUUCCUCUCUUGCAAGCGGCUCAGCAGAUCAUGGAACUGCAAGAGGCUGCCAUGAUUCAUCAAGGCAUUCUAUCUGGGCGGAACUCAACUAAUUCUUUGCACGAUAUGAAAGCAACUGUGAAAACAUGGCGCAAUCGUCUACCAGUUAUCGCAGAUGAUUUAAGUCACUGGAGUGAUGUUUUCACGUGGCGUCAGCAUCAUUAUCAACAUAUCAGCACUUCAUUUGCUAAUCAGCAAGAUCAACCAUCAAACACUCACAGUAUUGUUGGUGUCCAUGCUUCGGCUGAGGCUAUCGUUCAUUUUGGCAAAAUCGCAAGGAAACACAACCUGACUGGUGUGUGUUUGGACUCACUGUCAAGAUUGUAUACUAUUCCCACCGUUCCAAUCGUUGAUUGUUUCCACAAGAUUAAGCAACAUGUAAAAUGCUACCUUCAAAUGAAAAGUGAAUUGCAAGAGGGUCUAGAAGUCAUUAAAUGCACUAAAUUAUGCUUCCUCACAAAAGAAAUGAAAGCGGAAUUUUUUGCAUUGGAAGGGAUGCUUUUGUCUCAGACAGGGAGGAUGGAAGAGGCCAACAAAGCCUUCUCAACUGCCGUUCAAAUGCAUGAUACUCUAGUCAAAGCAUGGGCGCUGUGGGGUGAACACAUGGAAACUCAGUUCACGCAGAAUCCAACCGACAUGGCGACUGGUGCAGCUGCCAUAACCUGUUUUCUGCAUGCAUGCCGCCACCAAAACGAGUCUAAAUCACGAAAAUACUUAGCCAAGGUUUUGUGGCUGCUCACCUACGAUAAUGAUAAAUUUGCUCUUAUGGAUGCUGUCGAUAAAUAUUCAGUCGGAGUGCCGCCCGUCCAGUGGUUACCUUGGAUACCUCAGCUUCUCACUUGCCUUGUUCGCAAUGAAGGAACUUUAGUUCUUAAUUUGUUGACUCAGGUUGGUCGGAUGUAUCCUCAAGCAGUUUUCUUCCCUAUCCGAACGUUGUUCUUAACUUUGAAAAUUGAACAACGUGAACGAUUCAAACAAAGUGAAGCAGCGGAAAAACAACAGGCCAAUCUGCAAUCAGUUAGUGGAGUUACUGAGUCGGCGCAACAAGGUAAAUUUUUACCUUCUAACAAAAUGGGUACGAAUCCAGAUACUGGGCCGAUUAAAGCAACACCAGCUAUGUGGCGCUGUUCUCGCAUUAUGAACAAUUUGCGGGAAAUUCAUCCCACUACAUUAUUAUCCUUGGAGGGCAUUGUUGACCAGAUGAUCUGGUUCCGUGAAAAUUGGUACGAAGAAGUCUUGAGACAGUUGCGUCAAGGACUCACGAAGUGCUAUGGCAUCGCAUUUGAAAAUAGAGGAGCUGUCAAUGAUGCUACCAUCACCCCUCAUACCUUAAACUUCGUUAAUAAAAUGGUCGCAACUUUUGGUCUUGGUGUUGAAAACAUUAGUAAUUCAAUCAAUUCAUCGUGUGCAAAUGCAGGAUCGGAGAGUAUGGCAAUCCGGGCGCACAACACAAUUCAGGAUCCUGUCUUCCAGAGGAUGAAGAUGUCGUUCACGGCCGAUUUUGACUUCACCAUGCCGGGAGCGAUGAAGCUGCACAAUAUCAUCACCAAGCUCAAGAAAUGGAUCAAGAUCAUCGAUGCCCGCACCAAAAUUCUUCCAAAAUCAUUUUUAUUAGAAGAAAAGUGCAGAUUUUUAAGUAAUUUUAGUCUACAAACUGCUGAAGUGGAGUUGCCGGGUGAAUUUCUGCUUCCCAAAUACACUCAUUAUCAGGUACGGAUAGCCAGGUUCUUGCCGCGAGUAGAAAUUGUUCAAAAGCACAAUGCUGCCGCACGGCGACUACUAAUUCGUGGUCACAAUGGUAAAAUAUACCCCUACCUUGUCAUCUAUGAUUCCGGCCUUGGUGACGCCCGGCGGGAGGAAAGAUUGCUCCAACUAAUGCGGAUGUUGAAUCAUUACUUGAGCAAACAAAAGGAAACCGCCAGAAGAUUUUUACAAAUGACUGUGCCCAGAGUUGUAGCAGCCUCUUCGCAAAUGCGAUUGGUUGAAGAUAACCCAUCUUCAAUAUCUUUGCUGGAUAUUUACCAAAAAUCUUGUCAACGGCUUUGCAUUGACCAUGAUGUACCUCUUAUAAACUACUACACCCGUUUGGCGACCAUUCAGAGUCGUGGAUCUCAAGCUAGUCAGCAAGUUCUCAGGGACUUUCUAAUGGAGGUACAAAGCAAUGUUAUUCCUCGUACGUUGCUCAAGGAAUGGGCUCUACGAACGUAUGUAGGGCCCACUGACUACUGGACCUUUAGGAAAGUGUUAACCUCACAACUUUCUCUGGCCUGCUUUGUGGAGUAUGUUUUGCAUUUAACAAGGUUGAAUCCGGACAUGAUGCUCAUUCAUCAAGACUCAGGCCUCGUCAACAUUGCGUAUUUCAAAUUCGACAUCGAUGAAAACAAAGGAGAGCUUGACGCUAACAGACCAGUACCUUUCCGACUGACGCCAAACAUCUCUGAGCUCCUAAGUGAAGUUGGUGUCUCUGGGCCAUUGACUGCCUCCAUGAUUGCUACGGCCAGGUGUUUCUCUCAACCAAACUUCAAAGUACAAACUAUUUUACGUGCUAUUUUGAAAGAUGAAAUGCUGGUUGCUUGUUACAAAAAGGUGAAUUCUCGGCCCACUGACGAAGAAGGGAUUCCACACACAACAGGAGAUGUUCCCGGUGAAAUGAUAAUAAAUCUUGUAACAAAGGCAGUUACAGCAAUUAGUAACAGACUGAAUGCUUUGACGACCGUCGAUGGUGCUGAUAGCAAAGUAAGCACAUUGGUAGCUGCUGCAAAAAGCACCGAUAAUUUGUGUCGCAUGGAUCCCGCUUGGUACCCAUGGUUGUAAAAGAAUCUCCGUACAUUCUGUCAGAAUGUUUUUUUUUGCAAGUCAAUUUUUCUCUACUUCUUAGGACCUAAUUUAGAAACGGAUAAGUGUAAAUCUAAGAAAGAAUUAUGAUUUGCAUGUCGAUGGUGAAACUGCUAAAAGGAAUGUCUUUCUUUGCGGUAUUGUAAAUUUUCCUAUCAUACAUUAUUUUUUACACAGGAAACUGCUCUACAUCAUCUCUGAAAAAUUCCCUUUUUUUUUCUAUGUGAAGAAAACACUCGGUGAAAAUACCAAGCCAUAGUGUAUGUUCAGUCUCCUUUUAAAAAAUAAAAUAGGAGCACGGAUUUUGAAACACCGCAUUCAAGAUAUGCAUUUUUACAAGUUUCACUGUAGAUGUCUCAUUGCAUGAUUUAUCAAACUGUAAUCUUAGCUAUAUUUUACACUACAUUAUUGUAUUUUAUGAUUAAAAGCAAUUUAUUUUGCUUACUACAGAGUAACCCUUAUGUGGCUAAGUGAGUCUCCUGUCUAUUUUUUGAUGGUGGGUUACCACCAAGUUAAUAUUUGUGAUAUUGAAUUGUACAUAUUAAUUUAUUAAUUCCUUUUUUACUACUAUGUGUUUUUUUUUUUUUAAAAAAAAAAGGAAAGGGAAAAGCGUGUACUUAUUGUGAGAAAUAAUUCUUUUUUGUAAAAUAAUUUGUUUUGUAAAGUAUUUAUUUUUUUAAUUUUUAUACUCUUGAAAAUAGUGAAUUCUGUAAUUAUGUAUAUAUCAUUAGGUUCCUACUUAAGAAUGUUGUUGUAAUUUUUACAACAGAGCAGUAUAAUGUACCACUACUUUAGCAUGUACACGAACUUAAUCAAUUUUAAUUUGUUUCUUGAUGCAAAAUUUUCCCAGAAACAGUCAGUAUUGUAAAAAGUUAUUUUAUUAAUUGAAGGAAUUAAUCUUCUGCAAGAAUAGUACAGUCAACUCAUUUAAAAUACUCGUACUUUCAUUUAAUAAUUUAUAAAACAGUGUUUCAUCAAUCGCUCAGCAUAAAAAAUAAUCUUUAAAAAUCCUUGAUUGCACCACUUGAGGUAGCGCACUAAGGUGGCUAGAUAACACUAGGCUGAAUUUUUUUGGUUUUUUUUUUUUAUCUUACUCUACUUUUCUUUUCAAUUUAUCUAUCCUCAUUUUCUUUGAUCUUGUCUAUUAUGAAGAGUCUUCUAAUGAAAAUAUUAGGGCUACAUAAGAGUAAACUUGGCUUUGUUAUCAUAGAAAAAAUGAAUGUCUAGUAAAUAAUUUUUCAGCACAAAGAAGAAUUAAUUUUCAACAUUCCUGAAGUGUUUGUGAAUCAAAGUCUAAAUUUUGAGUUUUGCUUGAGUUGCCCGAGUAUUUUUUGCUGGUUUUACAUUAGAUGAUACUUCAUAAUCAAUCGUAAUAGAACAUUUCACUUAAUCAAAGUCACUGAGCGUACCUGAUUGAUCCUUAAUUUACAAAUUUUGUUAGUAUUGUGAGGCCAGAUGGGUGACUGGUUUUUAAUUUUGACUUAAAAGUUUGAUUUUUUCAGUUGUCAAUACUAUCAUUUAAGAACAGCUAGUUUUUAUAAUCAACUUAAAUUAUCAAUUUGUACCCCACAAAGAUAAUCCUUGUGAUGAGCAAUUGUCUAGGUACGCAGUUUGACUUAAUUCACAUUAGAACUUUACGUUUAUGACGAUUAAAAUAGCUAUAAAAUAAGUCUAUAUAGCCUAACUGCACUUUUGGCAAGCACAAGUUAGAGACGAUGAUGCUUUCCUUGGUGUGAAGUAGAUAGCUGAAUCAUCUUCCUGUAAAGUAAAUUUCUGUCAAUGGCGAUGCGGAAGCAAUCAAACAAUUUACCGGCUGUCUACUUUUCACCAAUAAUUAUAUGAAUUGUUUCUUUUCAUGCCAUUGUUAGAUCAUUGGCAUUGCUGCCAGGUGAAAUCGUAGAUGUUAAUAGAUGAUAGUUUGAAACAAUGUUGGUUACACUCAAAGCCUUCUCUGAAUAAUAGUUGCUACUCCUUAGCACCCCUUUGUAGAAAAGUGGAUUACAUCCAUUUAUUUUUAACAAAACGCUGUUAAUCCCAACUUUUAAAUUUUAAAUCCUUCCUCCUUUGCUUGACUGACUCUUGCCAACCCCAACAAAAUGAUGCAGUAUUGGUAAACAAUAUUUUAUGAUACUAAUUUUACUGAAUAUACAUAACAUUAAAUCUCAAUAUAGCUAACUUAAAUUUCUGGAUUGCAACAUUUUAAUAGAAAUUUUUUGUUUAAUUUAUGGUACUUAUAUCCUAAAUUUAUUUUUCUUGUAAAAGCAAAGUGAAGGAGUUUUCUGCAACUGACUUUUUUCCAUCUGCUACAAUUACCUUAUUAGACUGCAAUAAGAAGGUGUUCUCAUAUCCUAAAAGCUUUUAAGUAAAAAUCAUGACGAUUGAAAUAGGUUCAUUCGGCAAAAGAGAGAUUUUGUGGCUGUGUAAUGCACAUGAUGAAAAGUUGUCUGGCAAGCUUUUUACUCUUAUUCGGAUGAUCAAAAUUUCUGUGGCUAUUAUUCUCAAAUUUUACAAGACGGCCAGUUUUGAUUAAACCCACUUUAUGAAAGCUUAACACAUUGAUCAUUUUAUCAUUAUUAAAUAUUUUUUCCAAACAAAUCUUCAGUUAAUAAAAAAAACCUCCUAUGUAUCAGAGUCUUCAAAAAACUAUUGAAUGUUAAUAAAUUGGUCGUACUCAAUUUUUGAAUUUUGAACUGACAUAUAUUUGCAACUGAUCACUAACAAAUUUCUGUUUUCGAAAACUCUGCAAAAUGGGCGAUGAAGUAACUUUUUAUUUAUUCUUUUGAAGGAAAAAAAGUCAUUAUCUACAUUUUUACUAGUUCACCUUUCUGGUUGUCAUUGACAAAAAAUCCAGCAAAAAAAGAGCCUAGCAAGGGUUAUGAGUGCUUUGCAACAAAGCUAAGAUUAAACAAUCCUUUUAUUCCCUUUUAUUGUAUGAACUUAUCGAGACAACAUUUGAAUCUGUAUUAAUCUUAAAAAUUGGAUCAAAGAUUUCAUUCAAAUGUUCUUGCAAAUAGAAUUUUGUUUUUUUCAUGUUAUUUUUUUGACAAUCUCAAUAAAGCUCCUCAUUCAGAAGUGA